AUGGAGGGCGCCCUCGACCCUGAAACACUCUACACAAAGCAGAACUGCAUCGGUAUAUCCCCCCUCUCUCAGAACCCGGAAUCCGUUUGCAGAGACGGCUAUCUAACAGUCGACAAGAGAACCGGUCAAUCAGUUGCGAUCAAGAUCAUCGACGUCGAAAAUGCAGAUGAUGAAGUCGAGGAUAUCAUACAGGAGAUAUCGAUCCUGUCAGAACUCAAUUCUCCCCAUGUCACGAAGUACCACGGCUCGUUCCUCAAAGGAUCAGACCUUUGGAUCAUAAUGGAAUUCUGCUCGGGAGGGAGCUGCUCAGAUUUGAUGCGUGCAGGGCGCAUAUCGGAGGAAUAUAUCAUGAUUAUUCUUAGAGAACUGCUUUUGGGGCUCGAUUACUUGCAUAAUGACAAUAAACUACACCGUGAUGUUAAAGCUGCAAAUGUGUUACUUACGGCCAGCGGACAGGUCAAGCUGGCUGACUUUGGCGUUUCCGGUCAACUUUCCGCUACAAUGACCAAGAAAAACACCUUUGUUGGAACCCCCUUUUGGAUGGCCCCGGAGGUCAUCAAACAGUCGGGGUACGACCACAAGGCUGAUAUUUGGUCACUGGGUAUUACGGCGAUUGAAUUAGCCAUGGGCGAGCCACCACUCUCCGAUAUCCAUCCCAUGAAAGUCCUCUUUCUCAUUCCAAAGAACGCCCCACCCACUCUCCAAGGUGCUUUCAGCAAAUCAUUCAAGGACUUUGUUGAUCUUUGUUUACGACGUGACCCAAGAGAACGGCCGAGCGCAAAGGAGUUACUUAGGCAUCCGUUCGUGAAACGAGCAAAGAAGACGACAUAUUUGACCGAGCUCAUAGAGCGGUAUGAACGGUGGUUUGCAAAGAAUGGAAAUCGACUUCCAGAUGAUGAUGAAGACGAUGCAUAUCACCAGCAAGAGCAAAAUCAACCUGCCAUGGCUGGAGGUGAUGAUGAUCUAUGGGAUUUUGGCACCGUACGCCCUGCUGGAGGAAAUAGAGCUGCGGGACUGCGUGCCAUGAAUGAAGCUGCAGCAAACGCAAGAGCACAAGUUCCCAACAUGCACGCCCGUGCUCAGUCAAGCAGCGGCUGUCUUCCUACUUCUCAGGAAAACAUACCCAGAAAGAUGUCGAAAGAAACUGUCAAGAACCCCCCAUCACCGCAAAGACGGAAUUUCCCCGCUGAAACACCCCCAGCAACGCCAAAUAGUCAAGUAUCUCGGGCACCUCUGCCAACGCCCCAGGUUCCUCAGACACAGACACCGAGACAGUCAUCUUACCAUGAUCAAGUAAAGACACCCGUAGGCCUCGGGAAACCACAACCUCCGUUGCCAGCACAAGAGGAGGAAAGCCCGAGUACACAUGAUUAUGAUCGAGCCCUCCAACGGUCACUGGCACAGGAUCUUAAUUUCUUGAAGCUGGCAGAGUCUCCCAACAACACACCUACACAACCUCCCCCGAAAUCUCCGGCUCCAGAACAAAUUCAUAGGAAGCCUGCCCCGAUGCAACUGCCGGAAAUACCGCCGUUUAAGGGAGCGUCGAGUUCGCCAACACCUCAAGCUUCCAAGCCUCCAGGACAAUACCCUGCAGCACCUCUCUCGGCUCAUCCUUCAUCUACUCCUUCAUCAUACCAACAACAGCAACACACGCUUCCCUCUACCCGUCCCCAACCACCAGUCCCGUCAACACCAGAACGCAGUCCUACCAAUCAAAGUUCGCGCGACUCGCUAGACUCCAUCUCCUCUCAGUCCACCGUUCAUUUCUCUUCUCAAGAUCAACCCAAUCCUAAUGAACCGAUUACCGCGCUAAAUGGUGUUAUACUGCCAGCUUUAGAAGCUGCUCUCCAUCGCCGAACCUAUGCUCUCAAUUCCAUGUGUCGAGUUCAACCAGGUACCCCAGUCAGCCAACGGCCAUCUACAGAGCAAGUACAACGCCAAGUCUACGCCCACGAAAAGCUCAAGAGGCUGGUUAUCAAAGCCGCAGGCAUCUUCAAGGAGAUUGAACGAUGGGAUAAUGAAGCACCACUGGGCAUGGGUGGGGACAUCAAUGCCUUCCUUGAAGGAUUUUUAGAAGAAGUCCUCGUCCGCGUUGAGCCGGAGGAAGACCCAUCUGAAUGA